AAAGCCCAAUUGUUAUCUUUUUUAACCUCCGAAGCCCAAUUAAUUGAGACUAGGGUUUUGCUCUUCUAUUUUUCAUUCCUCUUUUAUCAUCAGUCUCUUCUCGCUCGUACAAAAGAGGAGACUACCGUCGCCAUUGCCGUAGCUCUGCCCUGAACUUCCGCUGCAGCGGCGGCCGUCCACCGAAGUAAGCUCCGCUCUUCUCUGUAAGCUUCUUUACGUGUAUCUUUGCUCUUUUGUCUAUCUAUUUAUCAUUAUGCUUCUAUUUUGUCUUGGAUGCUGAAGAAAAGCUGCAGCUUAAAUCAUCCCUGUUUGAGAUUGAAUUUCGGAAUAGCUUUUUUGUUCCAAUUUACUUCUUAUGUCUGCGGCUGUAGUUUAUCAUUGCCUGUUAGAUUUUGGAAAGGUGAACUGUAUUGGCUUGUGAGGAUGAGAGGAUUUUUGGGUGAUAUUUUCGCUUCCGGAUCUCCAUGUUUUCUCAAAUUAGCUUCCGGCUAUAGUUUAAAAGUGCAAAAUAAUGGGGACUUGCUGUUUAGAAUUCAUUCAACGUUGCUUUAUGAUACAGUAUCUUGAAGUUAAGCAUUUUCCCCUUUUAAAAAAGGUGGGUUAAUAUUUAGAGUUGGGGAAAACCAUUGAGUUUAAAAGGAUGUCUAAAAAAUACUACUGUUUAAUCUAUUCUUUGGAAGAACAUUCAUUGUAUGUAACAUUUUAUCUUCCUCGUGAUGUUUCUUUUUAGAUGGAACAAGAAAAAUUCAUGCUGGACUUGUGCUUUUCCUAUUUUAUUGAUAUGAAGUGAACUCUACAUUUUUCUUGCUAUAACUUUCGAGUUGGAACAUAAAGAAUUUUUAUUAUUGCCAGUUCCCAUUUCUCAAUUAUAGUUUGUUCACUACUCACUCCGGCAAAGAUGUUGAAAUGAUCGUGCAUGUGGCGUAUUGUUAGGCAGCUUCACUCUCAUACAUGCAAUCAUUUCUGCCUUUCUCUGGUUUUGAAGUUCUGUAGGCAUAUUUAGAUAAUUGCUUUGUGUGAAUAUCUCUUUUGUUUCAAUGGAUAAGUAAUGUAGUUGCCAAAAGUAUAGGAAUCUGGUAUGGGCAUUUGUUGAAUUUCCCUUGUUAGUUGUUGGAUUGCGGACUUGAAGACUGGUUUGCAUGUGUCUAUGGCUUCUUCUUUCUACCAAAUAUUCUGAAGAUGGUUUUUGUUGUAGGUAGAAAAUGGUUAAGCAUAACAACGUUGUUCCCAGCUCACACUUCAGGAAACAUUGGCAGAAUUAUGUAAGGACUUGGUUCAACCAGCCUGCACGGAAGACCAGGAGAAGAAAUGCUAGGCAGCAGAAGGCUGUCAAAAUCUUCCCGAGGCCCACUGCUGGACCUUUACGUCCAAUUGUCCAUGGCCAGACUGUAAAGUACAAUAUGAAAGUCAGAGCUGGCCGAGGUUUUACCUUGGAAGAGCUCAAGGCUGCUGGAGUUCCCAAGAAACUUGCCCCAACUGUUGGGAUUUCAGUGGAUCAUCGCCGCAAAAACAGGUCCUUGGAGGGUUUUCAGGCCAACGUACAGCGCCUUAAACUUUACAAGGCUAACUUGGUUGUCUUCCCCAGACGUACACGUAAAUUCAAGGCGGGUGAUUCUGCUCCUGAGGAAUUGGCAACAGCAACUCAAGUCCAGGGUUCGUACUUGCCUAUUGUUGCUGAGAAGCCAACCAUGGAGCUUGUUAAGGUAACAGAAGACAUGAAGUCAUUCAAGGCCUAUGACAAGCUUCGGUUGGAAAGGAUGAAUGCACGCCAUAUGGGUAAGCGGUUGAAGAAGGCAGCCGAGGCUGAGAAGGAAGAUAAAAAGUAAUGAGCAGGCUGAACAAAUGAUUCCAUCACCUCUAGUUUUGGUCUCAUAUGUUCUGACUUGAUUUUUGAGAAGAUUAGUUUUGUUAAUUUUGGUUUUGGUCUUAAAUUCUUUUUGGAUCGCUGUUUAAUGAGGAGUGUAUGAGCAACUACUUUCAAAACCGGCAUCUGGUUUAAUUUUACAUGUGAUCACGCUAUCAUUAUAAGAAGAGGUACGAUAGUUUUGAUGUGGUGCCGUUGAAUUGGUUAAUAUUCUUGUGGUUAAAGUUUUUAGGUUGUGGUUUGGUUAAGAGUUCGUAACGUUAAGCAUUGAAGUCCAUUCAUCUGUGUGGUAACUUCAAUUCACGUACAUAACUAUAUCUAAAGCUAAGUUGGAGACUCGAA